UAAACCGAUAGCCUUCUCUCUGACAGCACCGUGGAAGCACACGCUGCUCGUUCUCUCGCGGGGCAUCCAGCGUUAACAUGGUUUACGGGGCACAGCAGUAGUAGUCGCGCAGCAGAAAAGAACAAAAAGGCGCAUACGCACUCGCCACACUUCCUGCCACCAGUACAUAUCAACACAUCGAGGGGAUUUCAGUCAUUUUGAACACGCUCUGACCAGGGGCCUUGGUGUCGUCGCUGUGCACACAGAGACCCGGUCGACAUGGGAAAGCAGAAUAGCAAGCUCAGGCCAGAGAUGCUACAGGACCUGAGGGAGAACACUGAGUUUUCUGACCAUGAGCUGCAGGAGUGGUACAAGGGGUUCCUUAAAGACUGCCCGAGUGGCCACCUGAAUGUGGAGGAGUUCAAAAAGAUCUAUGCUAACUUCUUCCCAUACGGUGAUGCCUCCAAGUUUGCUGAGCACGUCUUCCGCACAUUUGACACCAACAACGAUGGCACUAUCGACUUCCGGGAGUUCAUCAUUGCCCUUAGUGUGACAUCUCGGGGAAAGCUGGACCAGAAGCUCAAAUGGGCCUUCAGCAUGUAUGACCUGGAUGGAAAUGGCUACAUCAGUCGUGAGGAGAUGCUUGAGAUUGUGCAGGCCAUCUAUAAGAUGGUGUCAUCGGUGAUGAAAAUGCCUGAGGAUGAGUCCACACCGGAGAAAAGGACAGAUAAGAUCUUUAGACAAAUGGACCUGAACAAUGAUGGGAAGUUGUCUUUGGAGGAAUUCAUUAAAGGUGCCAAAAGUGAUCCUUCUAUCGUGCGGCUACUGCAGUGCGACCCCAGCAGUGCCUCACAGUUCUGAGUCCCACAAGAAAUGUGUGCUCGAUGCAUGAAGGUUCUCGUCUCUCAUCGUUAUUUGUGUUCCAGAUGGAAGAGUUCUAAGAAAAAAUAUAAAUAAACAAGUGCAUCAGUUUUACUUUGAGUUUCUUCAAGAAAGGACAUGCAUACAUGUGAAGAACAAAGGCAACAUCUGCAAAGACGUCUGCUGUCUGCUGCGCUUCCCCUGACCAUAUCUCAACGGUGACCCAUGGAGCACUUGAUACCCGGCGUUCAGCCAUUGGCACGUUCCAGUCUCCUGGCCUGGAGGGACUGUUCCCUGGGAAUUCUGCAUGCACUCCCUCUCCAGCCAGCUUACCCACCCUCUUCACUUCACCCACUCCAAUGUCUGUCCUGUUUUUACUUUUUUUUUUCUUUUUUUUCACUGAUAGCCCAGUUUUCUUUUUUAUAUCCUUACUGAUAUGUAUAUACACAUUAUAAUAACAUAUAGAACACAUUUUAAAAAGGCAACUGUAGGUUUCUUUUUACUCACUUGUGAAUGAAGACAGUAUUAUGUAGCUCAAGUAAGUAUCCAAAGUAGCCUCCUGUAGACACAGUGGACUGAUGGAUUGAAUAUGUUUUUUGUUUUUUGUUUUUUGUUUUUUGCUAUGGCAUUUAUGAUUUUUCAUAAUAAGAAACAUACUGAAAAUCCCAUUGUUUAAUUUUUUUGUUGAUUUUACUUUGUUUUUCUAUAUAUGUAUUGUUUUCUCCACAUUAUUUAUUUUUGAAUUUUAUUUUGCAGUGUCAUUUUGAUGGCAGCAGUAAUUGAUUCAGAUAAGUUAACCUACAGGAGUUUAAUGUGAAGGAAAAUUAUUUUAUUACUGCUGGAAUGAGAUGGAAGAGAGAUUUCAAGCUCUAUCUAUAAGGUGAACUGCGGACGACUUUGCAAAGCAUUGUAUGAAAUAUUUGCAUCAGGGGAUACAUUCCAUUGUGUUUGGAAUCAGAUGCUUGUAGCACAUGAUCUGAGAUGCUUUGUGUGUGUGAACAUGAGGGUGAUGUACGCAUGAUACAAUGCAUGUGUGUGUGUGUGUGUGCGCACAUUAACUUUAUAUUACUAUGUGUCGUUAAAUGCAGUAUGUUUUUAGGUAAUACUGUGUUUUUGAAACCCUGGAAUAAGUGGCAAAUUGUCCUGCAACACAUAAUUCUCAAAUUUUGCAGAAGGUGCUCAUAAAAUUUUGUUUAUUUCAAAACCUCAGUCACAACACAGAAGAGAAUGUAAAAUACAAUAAUUUAUGAGCACAUCUCAGUUUAGACAAAAUGCAUCAUUAAUACAUCUAAAAAGAGUCAUCACAGCAAUUGGUAGCGCUAAGGGCUUAUCUCCACUCUUGACAGGAGUGUAUGAAAACAUCACUCAGUUUUGUCUAACCAGAUUGUAACGUGUCACUGUGCAGCUGCUCUCCUCUUGUCCUUUGUGCACACUUAUGGAGCUUUGGUCCCCGCAGCUCUGGUAUUGACACAUUCCCACCUUUUUUCUCACUCAACAGCUGUUAGCAUCUCUUUGCUACCCUAUUUGUACCAAGACUAUAUAUAUAUAUAUAUAUAUAUAUAUAUAUACACGAUUCUACAAGUUUAUGGCACGCAUCACCUCUCAAACAAUCUUUUAUGUUGCAUGAAUAUCUCAUGCGAGGGUGUCGUGAAUGGUCUCCCUAUGCUGUCACUGAUAAAUAUAGUUAUGUGUUUGAAACCUCA